GAAUUCACAUCAUAAAUGGCGUCUGACGACUUGUGUCAAUGACCGCCGAACGAUGUGUCUUAUCCUAAAUUGUCUCGACCUAUUAUAAAAAAUAAUUAAAAACACAUUACCUACUCGAAACUUAAUUAGUUCUAGUUAAAAACAACAGCCAUCCGUUGGAUAUCAGUUUACCGCCAACCGAAAGUUAGGUUAUUUUAACUAAUCAUUAUCCGACCGAAUUCUUGCUACUCGAAUUUCCCUCAGUGAGUUGGCGGCAGUGAGAUGGAAGAGGAUCGCGUUACGUCAAUUAAAGAUCACUUUCCAGAACCUCAGAAGAGAUUUUGGAUGCGAUCUAGGAAGCGUAGAAAUAGCGAUGCGGCCAGUGUCAGUUCGAUGGAUAUAUCAAUGGGGUCUGAUAGUAUCAAGAAGAAAAAAAGACGCAGAAUUACCGAAGUCGCAUCGAGCUUCUUUUCCUCUUCCUCCUCAUCUCUGACACCCAGCAAAUUUGGAAGUGUUCUUCAAAGAUCAUUCAGCUCUCAAGUAGCCGAUCUUUCUCUCCUUGGAGAGGAGGUUGAUUCGGGAAAGACAAAAAAAAGAUCAAAAGUAACCGCGGAGCGACUGGAUCAGCUGGCCAUCCGUAGCUGGAUUGUGGAUAUUGCGGAAGGGAAAUCCAGCGGGCACCUGGAUUUGAGCUUGAGUAGAAGAGAAGUGAAACGUCAAGAGGCGAUCUAUGAAUUAUUCUGCGGGGAGGAUGUGUUGUUGCGGGACCUUGAUAAUCUCAGAGAAUUCUAUUACGAGCCUUUGCUACGAAGCGAUAUCCUGACUCCAGGUGAACUCGCCACACUAUUUGGAGACAUUUCCAGCCUUGUAGACCUCCACAAAAAGCUUAGAGACGAACUGGUCUGUCUUCGAGACGAGUCGGGUUUCACGGAUGCUGUUGGAACCAUUUUAAUCAGCUGGUUACCAAGUCUCGCCGAGCGCUACGUAGAUCGUUGCAAGGCGCAGGUGUGGGCGAGACACUUGCUUGAGGCAAAACGCGCAAAUAAUAAACGGUUCCAAGAAUUUCUGAAGAAAAGAACAAGUGUUCCACGGGCCGUUGACUUGUGGACAUACUUGGACGUUCCGAGAUCAAGGGUCGUCAAGUAUCCUAUCCUUGUUAAUGAAAUCCUCAGGCACACCCCGUGCAAUCAUCCUGAUCAGACAGCGCUGAGAAAAGUGAGUGAUAUACUGUCCAAGUUACUUAUAGAAAUCGACGAAGCCAUGGGAAAUUCGGAGUGCAAGCUAGCCCAGAAUAAAAUCAACCCCUCGCCAGUUUGCGAUCCUCAUAAAGUCAUACAAAAUGCUGUGGAAGUCAUUACCGAGGGGCAGUUGAGAGAUGCUAAAGGAACGAAACUGCAUUGCUUCUUGUUUGAUAACUGCUUUGUACUGGCUCGUCCAGCGAGGAGACCAGGCAGAAAAUGUAACCCAUGUUUCCCUGUCGUAUUACGAGAUCAGUUAAGGGUACAGUUUGAAAUCGAGGCGGGUGAAAAAAUUCAUACUACCUCAUUCAAGGUUGCAGAACACACGCUUAAUGCUGACGAUGAGCAUGCAAAACGGCAUUGGAUUGAGUCUUUUCGUAGGCUAAAUACUAUUUCUACAAAUGGAAAAAGAAAUCACGAUGGAAAUAUUAUUGUAACUGAGGAAAAGAACAAAAAAAGGAAAGAAAAAGAGAAUCGAAAUGAAAAUGAGAAUGAGAAUGAGGACGUGGAUAAAAUGAGUGAAAUCAGCGAAAAGUCGCCGAUAACGAAAAGUACAAGGAAACUGAAGUCUGUCGGAGAUUUGUGCAGCAGUCAUUUUCCGAUUUCUCUUAAAAAAAGCCUUCUCAGGGAUAAAAGAAACAGCAUCAGCCUAGUGUGAAGAGUACUAUGAUUUAUUCAUAUAUAACUACUAUAUUCAUAUACAUCCAUUGCGUUAAGAAAUUAUACAUGUUUUUUUAGUCGCAUGGUUUCACAGUCAUUUUUGUAAUUAACGUAUCACGGAUGAUCUGGUGUUUCAUUUUGCGGCAGCUAAAAAAAACAAAUUAAAUCCAUUCACAGUGCUAUCGUUGUCGGCGUUAAUACCUAUGAAAAAAUGAUUA